AUGGCUGCUGCUGCCACUUCCACCCUACAAGUGCAUGUCCAUUCUGAGGAAUGGAAAUUAACGACUUUCCCUGCCAACUCUGGUGACAGAGUGAGGAAGAUCAAUGAAUAUGUCCGAUCUCGCACCAAGAUUCCCGUGCAGGACCAGGUCCUUAUGCUCGGCUCAAAGACCCUAGAGCCCCGCAGAACGCUGUCAUCGUACGGCAUUGACAAGGAGACAACCAUCCACCUCACUCUGAAGGUAGUGACGCCCAGUGACGAGGAGCUGCCCGUGAUUCUGGUGGAGGCAGGUGACCAGGGGCAAAGGCACCUCCUCCAGGUGCGAAGGUCCAGCUCGGUGACUCAGGUGAAAGAGAUGAUUGAGGGCAGCACUGGUGUAACCCCUGAGAGACAGAUUGUGACUUGCAAUGGGAAGAAACUGGAAGAUGGGAAGACCAUGGCAGAGUAUGGCAUCAAAAAGAGCACUACUUUCUUCCUGACCCCUUUCUGUGUUGGGGGGUGACCACCCUUGGGAAGGAGUGA